GUUUGCUUUGCUAUUAAUAAAUUUGCAUAGAAACAAGAACAUGGCGGAAAAGGCGACGCAUAGUCGUUUUAACCCAAAUGAAUCUUGGCUAGAAGGCAGAGGAUCGUGGUUAACCUAUGGGGUUAUCGUUUGUAUAACACAUCUGGCUAUUCUUAGUAUUCCUUUUAUUGGUACGGCUACUGCCUGGACUUUGACAAGCAUCACUCAUUGCAUUGUAAGUCGGGAAUAUUAUGACCACUUUGUUUAGUACUCGAAUUAAUAUUUAAUUGUACUGUACAAAUACUGUGGCUGACGAUAAAUUGUUUUGUAAUUUCUGUCUCUAUGAUUUCUUUAAUAUAAAUCUGGCAAAUUUCUAGGAGAAAUCAUAAAUAAUGUGAAGCGAAAAUGUCCCCAGCCCCUGAAAACAUAAAAUUGGGUCUCACCUCUGCAGAGGCACUUAACUGGAAAGCUCUUUAUAGGGGCCACAUCCAUAUUCAAGUUGCCACAAAUAACGUCGAAUCGACGUUAUUAUUUCACCCACCCACCCCAGUAACGUCGAUCGAUAUUCAGUCACAUUUUGACAUUCGUAUUUAUAAUACAAAUUUUUUACUGUACUGUGAUAGUUACUUUGGACAUUAAUUCGAGCAUCAAUUGUCAAAUUGCCACAAGAUAAUGUCGACACGUUCACAUAAAAACCCAGCCACCCAUGUGGCAACAUGAAUAUGGAUGUGACCCCUUGGCACUCAAAGCUUGGAGAUUGUGUUCCGAAUAUUUCAAAACUGUGCAAGUAGUAUAGGUAAAUUGCAUGUUGGUGGUAAUAAAAUGGACGAAUCUCAUUUAAUAUCUUUCAUUGAAUUUGAAACCAACUGCAACAUGACGUCACUACCAGACAAUGAAUAUUUGACCCACUUGUAUGACCCCCAUGAAUAUUUUACCUACAUUGCAUUGUGUAUACCUAAUCAGGAUUCAGGGGCAAAUAAUUUAAAAGUGAACCUUUUUUCUGUGCUAAAGUGCCCCAUCUAAAGAACGAAAAAAGUAUUUCUUGAAUGAACACCCUCUUUUGCUGGAAAGAAGUGCCCUUUUUGCAGUAGUAAAGACUCUGUAAAGGCCAUUUCCAACGUUAUAGAGACUCCAUAUUUUUAAAAAAUUUCUUUUGUCAUGUGAACAACAUCAAAUUGUUUGAUUUUGGUCAUAUACAAGUGGCAGCACUCUCCCCUUGGGCUUAAAUGAUGAGUAAAAUUAUCUAGUGUUAGACAAAGUAACAUAAUAAAGUAGGGUGCAUCUAAGCACAUUACCACUUGAAGGGUUAACAGGAUGCAUGAGCAAAUUAACUCAUUGAGUAUGUGGCAGAACUUUUCCCUAUUUAAUUAUUGGCAUAGUUUAAUUAGCACCAGGGGUGGAAAAAAUAUUUUAUUUUCUGGGACCGCAACGAAAAGUGUAAAAUUUUCUGCGAGUUGUCAACACAAAUCCUGUAUAAUUUAGAUUAAUUAAAGGCUCACUUGCAAGAGGGCUAAUAAGAUUUAAGAAUUGUUAAAUAACCAUAGUACCAUAUAAACGCUGUGGAAAGGAUUUAAUUGAAAUAAACAAGUGAGAAAGAGUACUGUGAAUUUGUGAAAACUGGAAAGCAGUUUUUAAACUGUAUUAAUAUUUGCAUCAUAAAUUAGUAGUCUGAAAACAAACAUGAUCUGGAAGUUGGACAAAAGUUAUUGUAAGUUUUAUGUUUUUGUUUGCCUUUAUGGAAAUUUGUGCACUUUCACAGUGAGUGGACAUUUUGUUCUGUAUAAUGAAGCAAUUGCCCAAUGGAAACCUCAGACUUCAACCGUAUGAUUUUAAUAUUGAUCAACAAAUUGUGUACUUUCAGGUACAUUUCAAGCUUUCAACAUCAAUUGAAGUUUGGUUAGGAAACUACUUGAAGUUUACCAAGGGCAUAGAACGUACAGUAAUGUUUUACUAAGUGCAUAGAACAGUAAUGUAUAUGCGCUAUAGAAAUAUUGGGUGCCAGGCGGGGGGAAUAAAUGUCCAUCUUUUGUUUAUUCCGUGAGAAGACAGUAUGCAAAGUCUGCCAGUCAAGAGAAGUUGAAACGGAACAUCACUUCCUAACUUCCUGUGAAGCCUAUAGUAGUCUUCGUGAAAACUUUUUAAAUUACUUGGAAUGUGAUCCCACCAAUGAAGCAGAUAUAAACGAACACAGUUUACCAGUUGAGAUAAUGAAAUCAACUGAUAAUGAAACUUUGAUAAAAUUAUUGAAAUUUAUCCUUUAUGUUUUGAGAAGAGAUCUAAAUGCUUUGAAGCCAUUAAUGCUGACAGUCAAUAGGCUGUUUAACUAAAACCCAAACUUCUUCAAUUAUAUAUGCUGUAAAUAGGGUACUCAUAUGUAAACUAAUUAAGUCUUCCUUCAUAUCAAUAUAAACUUCAUUUCUAUUUCUUGUAUUACUUGAUACUGACAGUAUGUCAUACUACCACAAAACAUUUUGCAUUUGUAAAUAUUUAUACCAACUAAUAAGCAAUACUUGUAUGUAAAGUCAUGCUAAUAAAGUCAUUUGUUACUGUUACUACUUCCUAUAGAAAUAAAAAUUGGGAAUCAAAAUUUAUAAGGAGGCAGAGGGGAACGAGGGGAUAGCAAAUUUUGGAACCAGGGCAGUGGUAUGAUACAAAACCAACAAAGGGGGUAGAACAAGGUUGCCUGCAAAUGAGGCUACAUUCCACUCUCAAAGUUCUUUUGUAAAUUAUUUUGGGGGCAUCACCUUCACCUAGUGUCUGUCCCUGAACAAAAUGGCUACUUAUUGGUGCAGUUACUUUUUCUUUCUAUUUUUUCUUUCCCCCUUUUUCUGCCUUCCCUUUUUUCUUUUUGCUAGCAUAAAAUGGGUCAUUCCAGAAAACAUCCAUACCACCCCCACAGAGGAAAUUGGAAGUUAACCCCCCUACCCCCUUCGGAUGUCCUAAUACAUUUACUAUUAUCAGAAACAAUUUUGUCUCCCCUCCCCUCCGGACGGCAGAACUUUCCUCCGUGGGGGGAGUGUGGAUCUUUUCUGGAACGACCCAAUAUUUUCUGGGACCAAUGAUCCCAUGGUCUGCUAUAUUUUCCACCCCUGUAGCACCUGUCGAGAAAGAGUUAAUUAAACAAAUUGUAAUUAUAUUAUUCUAGGCAACCUACUAUUUUCUACACUAUUUGAAAGGAAAUCCAUUUGAAAACUCAGUUGAUGGUGGCUCUCAAGGAAAAGAUCGCAGGUUGACUCACUGGGAACAGAUUAAUCAAGGUGCACAAAAUACAUCAACAAGAAAGUUCAUGACUCUUGUGCCAGUCAUUAUGUAAGUUAAACUUUUAAUUUUAAUUUGUUUUUAACACAACCAAUAUAAUUUUAUUUUACUGAAAUUAUAAUUAACAAAUAUAAAACAUUUUCCGUGUUGAUAUACAGUAGUAUCAACACGAGUGGAAAUUGGGAAAACAAGAAAUUGUGUGGAAACACGACGCCCGAAGGGCAGAGUGUUUUCACACAAUUUCGAGUUUUCUCAAUUUCCACGAGUGUUGAUAUGGAGUAACUCUAUAUCAAUACGUAAAAAAGUUUUAUAUUUGUUUUAUAAUAUAGCACAAAGAAACGUAAAGAAAGAAAUUUUCCGAAGUUUCUGUGUUGACAUGAAUUAUAUCAACACAGCUCUCAGCCAAUCAAUGUUCAGAAUUUACAAAUGCUAUAUUAUAAUAACUUCUACUGCUUGCAUGUUAUUGUUCUCAUUGAUUGUCUGUAAUUAAUCACCUGAGGUAUAUAUGAUCUAGCUAUAUUGCUCAUUUGCAAUCGACGCCAUAUUGGUUGAUUUUCAAAAUACAUGUACGUGGCAACUAUAAAAUUCAUAUUCUUCAUUCUUUGUCAUAUGGAGCCAAAGAUGUACUGUGAACUAUCCAUAAUACAGUAACAUGAAUUAAAUAAAAUAAAAUAAUAAAAUUAUUAAUUAAAUUAUUAUUUUUGAAUGUUUUCAAAACAAAAUGUUAAAUUAUAACUCAACUAUACAGUACUUAGCUGUAAACGGCUUAACAAAAUAUGUUUGCGAUGUUACUCUGAGUGCAUAUCCACACCGGGCGAGCUUGAAAAAUGUGCCCGGCCACGGUGGAUUCGAACCUACGACCUUUGGCCCGGCCACGGUGGGAUUCGAACCUACGACCUGGCCACGGUGGGAUUCGAACCUACGACCUUUCAAGCUCGCCCGGUGUGGAUAUGCACUCAGAGUAACAUCGCAAACAUAUUAUUCACAUGACAAAACACCAACACAGAAAACAAAAAUUCAUAUGGCUUAACAAAAGUUUAAAAUCAACCAAGAUGGCACCUAAUGACUCGUAGUGACGUCGUGUGCAAGCAAAGAAUAAGUGGAUCAAGAAUUGAUCAACCCCUUCAGUUUAUACUUACUAUAAUUAAAUUGGCUCCCAAUUUAUCAAUAUGAAUUGCUGCCUGCAGUUAAAAACCAUUAUGCAUUCAUAUAUGAUACAUCCAGUUCAAUGUAUUAUUUACAACAUGAGCGGCUGUGUUAUAUACAACACAAACGCAAAUUUCUUGUGAAACGUCUUGAUGAGAACAUUUGUGUUCUUUACCAAUAAAUGUUUAUCUCUACUUCUGGCCAGUACACUAGGACUCUGGAUCACUGAUCUAAUAGUAGAGUGGAUAUAGCUUCUCUAGGUGUGAAAAGUGAAGCCAAAUAAUAUAUGCAAAAAUCACUUCCGGGGACCACAGAGUGAUACAAAUUACUAUAGAAAUGUAUGGCAAACAACGUGAACCAAGGUGAAUUUUCCCGAAUUUGAGAUACUUUGCGAAGUUUUACCAAGCUGAUCGCUCCACCGUGGGUAAAAGAUGUUAUGUUAAUGCUUUUAAAACGAAAAUUAUCCAGAUUGCCCUAAAAAAUCGUCAGUUUUGUUCGUUCAAAGUUGUCCAUGUGGGAAUAAUAUUUUAUCGCCACAGUGGUAUGACAGCACAAUUUCUAGUUUGCUUUCCAAUUACGGAGACAGAAUAUGAUCAAGCAAACUUUUAAAGAGAAGUAAGAGUUCAUUUAUCAUUUAUGCUUAACCUUGAUCGACCAGAAGGUUUCAAACUUUCAAAUUACCAUCUUAAUAAGCCUUUUUACAAAAUAUAUAUAUAGUAGUCAGUACAUUGUCUAAUACUGUAAUUGUUCUAAAGAUAUGUGAUAAAUAUAUUUGUACUUUUAGUACUUGUUUUUAUUUGUUAUUCUGUUAAACUGGAAGACAAUCUUAAUGAAGCUUUCUGUAGUAAGAGUGAAUCUACUUUUAUAUUGCAGUUGAAUUUUGAACUUUCAUUUGCAGAGAGUAAUUUAUUGUUCUUAUGGUGCAGAGACUCCAGAGGCUGAGUGUAUUAUUCAUUAAUUUUGAUCAUUCAUUUAUAUAUAAACGUUUGUUAUUGUAAAAUAUCCAUUGAUGCUUUUCCACCAAACUCCCAGUAUAUACAGGGUGUCCCAAAAAUGUCCCCUCUGUUGUUGGUUAAUUACUGUGAGUAAAGCCUGGUUUCCAUAUGGUCAUAACAGUCAUAAAAAUAGAGUCACAAUUUUCUCAACGGCCAGUUUAUAAUAGUUUAUACCUGUAAAUCACAUAUAAAUCAUAAGUAUUCUCUAGUUAUAAUCACUCUGCAUAUUUUCAGUUCUAAAAUGUUGUAUAUCGGCUGAUGAGAAAGAUUGUGACUCAAUCUUUUGACCAUAAGGAAACCAGGCUUUAUAGUACUUUAUAGUACCAGUGGCGCCGUGGCCGGUUUGUCGGAAAAUUACUGCCCUUGCCCCCCAAACAUGGGUCCCAUGGCGCCACUGCCAACAACAGAGGGGACAUUUUUUGGGACACCCUAAUACAAGUGCCUGUGGGUUUAUACACACCCCAAGCCCAGGGGUAUUCAAAAAAGAAACACUGGUUGCAGUUCAAAUCAAGCCUUAAUAAAAUAUUUUUCUUCCUGGCAGCAGGCUUCCCAGACCAAAAAUUUCCUGCCAAUUUUUUUUAUAAAUUUGAAUUUUGGUUGUAAUUCAAUAACAGCGUUGUGUAUUUAACAAUUAUUCACUGAAGGCGAGGUGAUUAGUUGGGAAGAUUUGAGUAUUUGACCAAUCAACAUGUAGGAUUUGUUAUGUUCACUUGUGCAAAAAUACUAAACUACCUUACUAAUUAGUCAUAUACUACCUCAAUAUCAAAAAAAUAUAGGUUUACUAGAAUUAGAACAUGAAGCAAUUCUAUGAAACAGUAUUUGAAUUUUAUUUUCAGAUUGUAAAUCUGAAUUUAUAUCAGUAUUCAUGCACUAUUCAAUAAUUGUAGUACGCCCUUGUUUUCCACAUGUAUCAUAAUCAUGAAUCAUGCAUGAUAACAGACAGUCGUAUAUAUCACUGCCACAUGAUACAAAUUUUUAUGUUAUGAUUGUUGUAUUUAUGCUCUAAUUGUGAUGUUUGUUACUUUAAUGCAACCUCGUACCCAGGAUGACUCUUACUAUAAAGCCUUUUUACAAAAUAUAUAGACAUGUCUUAGUUGGUACUAUAAAAGAUAUUUGUACUUAAUUUAUAGAUAUUGAAUGAUAACUUAAAUUACAGAUAAUUUCAUCAAUAAUUGGCCAAGGCAACCUAAAAAAACAUGUAUAUUUUAUCUUCUAUUGUCAGAAUAUUAUAUCACACUUCCUAUAAGUUGCCUGACAAUUUGAGUUGAGUCCAUCAGUGGUUGAGGUUUAAUUAAGCAGAUUAUUAUUUCAAAUUAACUUUGAAUAUAUUUUAUAUUUGUUCUUAUAUUUAUACUCAAUUUAUAGAUAUUGAAUGAUAAAUACACCCCACAUUUUAAAUCAAUUUUAUUGUUCUAAUUCAAAAUUCAACUUCACUAUUAAAGUAGAUUCACUCUACAGAAAGCUUCAUUAAGGUUGCCUUCCAGUUUAAUAAAAAAGUACUAAAAGUACAAAUAUCUUUCAUAGUACCAACUAAGGGGCUGUUUAUAUGAGAGGCGGGACGGGACGUUUGCCUGGACGGGACGAUUUAUGCAUCCCGGGUUGGAAGCUGUUUACAUGAUCCCGCUUUGCCGGGACGAGAUGUGAGGCGGGACGAUUUUGACGUAUUGAAAUAAGUCACGGUGCACGAUUUAGCAAAAUCACAUUAUUUUUCUCAGUGAUAGAUUACAGUAUAAUUGUAAACGAAAAGUUGUUGAAGCAGCAAUAAUAAUCUUCUUGAACUACGAGAUAUUCUUUAACAUUUGAGUUUCUUUAACAGUUGUUUGAAAGUUCGUUUAACUUAAGCCUAGUCAUUUAUUUCAAUACACCAAAAUCAUCCCGCCUCCCGUCCCGGCAACAAGUGUUUACAUGGAAGAAAACGUCCCGGUUGAGGCGGGAUCCCGGUUGCACAAACCGGGAUCCCGCUUGCCCGGGACGAGACGAAAAACGUUCCGCUUCCAUAUAAACAUCUGGCGAUAAAUAUAAUAGAAAUUUAUACAAGCCGGGAUCCCGUUCAUCGUCCCGUCCCAGCAAACGUCCCGUCCCGCCUCUCAUAUAAACAGCCCCUAAGACAUGUCUAUAUAUUUUGUAAAAAGGCUUUAUAGUAAGAUGGAUAAUUAAAAGUUUGAAACCCUCUGGUCGAUCAAGGUUAAACAUAAAUGAUAAAAUGAACUACUAACUUUCCUUUAAAAGUAUGCUUGAGUAUAGUAGAUCAUAUUCUGCCUCCGCAAUUGGAAAGCAAACUAGAAAUUGUGCUGUCAUACCACUGUGAGUCUGUGGCGAUAAAAUAUUAUUCCCGCAUGACUCGCAUGGAUAACUUUGAACGAACAAAACUGAUGAUUUUUUAGGGCAAUCUGGAUAAUUUUCGUUUUAAAAGCAUUAACAUAACAUCUUUUACCCACAGUGGAGCGAUCAGCUUGGUAAAACUUCGCAAAGUAUCUCAAAUUCGGGAAAAUUCACCUUGGUUCACGUUGUUUGCCAUACAUUUCUAUAGUAAUUUGUAUCACUCCGUGGUCCCCGGAAGUGAUUUUCGCAUAUAUUAUUUGGCUUCACUUUUCACACCUAGAGAAGCUAUAUCCACUCUACUAUUAGAUCAGUGCUCUGGAUACACAUAUUAUAAGGAUGUUGAUAUUUUCUGGAUACAUACAUAUAUAUACAUAUAUUAUUUAGCUCACUUCCCAUCGGGGCUUUUCGGUGACCAAUUACAUCAAGUAUUAUGCUUAAUAUACUUGUGUUACCUAUACUUAGCCUACACGGUAAAAAACGCCGAGCCCGCUGCUCAACAGGAUUGAACAAUGUUUUGCUGCCCACGUUGUUUUCACUUGUCAACAAUAUUGAACAAUAUAUUAUUGAGCCUCAAUGGGUUGUAACAAUAUUGUUCAGUAUUGUUGACAACUGUGAACAAUGUGGGAAGCAAAACAUUGUUCAAUCCUCAGUGUUUUCAUCAAUAUUGCAUCAACCUGAGCGUUGCCCAGCACAAGUGAAUGUCAUGACAGGCUCACAGGCAAGUACACGUUUUGUCUUGCUUGCCUGGUUGGGCAAGUUGCCUUGCCACAAAAAGCUGGGCAUCUUUAUACAUUUACAGUAUGUUUUCAUUGUCAGAUAUAAAUCUUUUAUAGUGCAAAGCUACGGUACAGUAGAUCUGAGGAAGUACAACAUAGCCAUAUAGAGCAGUGGGAGAACGGGUCAACAUGUUGUCCCCUUAAUUUAUACCCCCUACCUAGGUACCCCAGUGGUACCCGCCCUGAUGGCAAGUGAAUUUUAUUCAGGGCAACUAAUUUUCAUGUCGAACUUGCCCAGAGGGCAAGUGGUCAAAAAGGUAAAGUUACACCACUGUUUACAACAAUUGUGAUAUUAUUUUCCUAACUAUGUUCAUCCUAAUCCACCCUGUCAACUUCCACCCUGUCAUCCAAACUUCCUCUUGCAAUCAACUGAUUUGUAAACCCAUAUGUAUGAUGAUUUGUAAACCCAUAUGUAUGAUGCAGAAUGACAUGAAUGAAAUUUUUAACAACACUCCUGUUUAUAACUUUAAUUUUUUCUUUAGAUUUAUCUUGGCCAGCUUUUAUACAAAAUAUGAUUUACUGCAUUUUCUUGUCAAUACUGUUGCUCUUGCAUCAGCCCUAAUACCUAAAUUACCACAACUACACAAAGUCCGUCUUUUUGGAAUAAACAGAUACUAGAAUGUACACAUGUGCACUGGCUGGUGUUUUCUGUAGCAUAUUAACAUAAAUAAAAUUUAUUAUCAAAGAAAGUCUUGAUCAAAUUCCGCAAUAUGUAAAUACCUAAAAUGAUGAUUUAAUUUGUACUGGAAUUGCACAAUAUAACUAAUUUACAAUACACAGUAUAAACUUGAUCACCUUUAAAAAUAAAAUGACAUGCAAAAGUAAAAGAGUUUAAAACAUUUUUCAUUUAUUGCAAGCAACUUGCAAUACACCCUUUCGAUAAUUUGGGAGGAGGAGCCUCGUUCUCAAGAAAGAGAUCGUGGCGUAAAGCCCUGGCCAAACUAAGAAACAUUGUUGUGGAAACAUUGUUUCCUGCCAAUGUUUCGCCAUGUUUCCCAGAGUGAGCAAACACUAGAAAAUAUUAUUGAGAAACAUAGGGAAACUUCAAGUGUUUCUGAAUUCGCUAGGAAACAUUAAUUUGCUUCUCGGAAAGCAAAUUUUGUUUCCGCAACAAUGUUUCCACGGGUGGGCAAACAGGGAAACAUUGAGGAAACAUCGAGACACUCAAUAGCAUAAUAAACAAAUGCAAGCAAUAUAAGUUUUAUUUUACAACGACGUUUCGAUGCUAAUUUACGCUAAUUCAUUUUCAAGUUGAAAUAAUUUACAUAGUUACAUUAUUGCGAUAAUUCAACUGUUCGUGUCACGUUAGCAAACUAAAUUACAAAAUAAUAAGAAAUCGUAAGUACUAAGUGCGAUCAGAAUAUUACAAAAACACAUACAACAUACAUGUACAGAUACAAAUAGUAACAAAUUUACACCUUAACACUUACGUUCAUAUGUAUACUUCGACUGUACAGCCAACAUACAUAAUCUGCAUCACACAGAUCAUAUUUAAAUUUAUAGACAACGCAUUGGCAUUGAUGUCUAAAUGUUGUAAAAUAAAACUUAUUGCUUGCGUUUGUUUCAAAAAGUAUAUUCUGUAUAUUAAAUAGAAGUUUAUAUAAGUUCCUUGUAGUUUUGCAUGGCGAAUAAUAAUAUCAGUUUUGGUUUGUGGAAACGCCAGGUAAACUUGUGUCGUAGAGCUUGAGAUCAGUACGCCUGAAUCACAGAAUAGAAACAAACAGAAGAUCGACUUCUUGGUUUUUCCUAUGAUUUUGGCGUAACCGUAAUUCGUCGACAAAAUGCUGACGCCAUCGUCACAGCCAGUGCGCUUAUGAGAGGCAUUCACCCCUGAUAUAUUCAAAAUUGUGGACGUCCAGGGCACAGAGUAGAGACAUACAGAGACGUAACUAGUGUACCCACUUUUUUUGUGUGCAUGCUCGGCAAGUUGCUAGAUGCAUGCAUCUGAUUGGAUGACGACCUGAUGACGACUCACUUUAAACUUGCUGAGCACCAUAGAUAUCUUAUAUAGACUAGAUAGCGCAUCUCUUUUAGUAAAAUUGAAGCCAAGAAUAUUCCAGCAGUUAUCCCCAUUCGAAUAGAUGGCGGCCAUGUUGGAGUUUCCCACUCGCUAAUAAACGCUUAAAAAACAACAAUAACUUUCAUCAUUUGAAUAGUUUGAAAUGUAUUUGGAAUAGGUUUAACUUAAUGUUUAAGUUCCCUGUUUAAUAAAUAGAAAACAUACGAGUCUUCUCAUUUCAUGGGAAUAUCCUGAGUCUGCAGAAUUGCAGAAUUAUUAGAUUAUUAGAAUUAUUGCAGAAUAAUUAGAUGCACUAUAUCUAGAAUCUAGUGUAUAUAAGAUAUCUAUGCUGAGCACGCGCAGUUGAUCAUUUUUCGCCCGGUCGCCUGAAAAAAGUGGGUACAUGAGAACGUAAUCUUCCGCAGUGUUUACGACGGUCAGUUACGUCUCUGUAUGUCUCUACUCUGUGUCCAGGGGAAGAAUGUCUCUCAUAAGCGCACGGCUAUCUAUGCCCAUGGCGUCAGCAUUUUGAUGACGAAUCAUUGCGAAUCAUGGCGUGGCAGCGGUUACGCUUUUUUGGCGACCUUCUGUGUUUUUCUGUGUGUCUUUAUUCACUGAUCUUGGUCUUUAUUCUGUGCCUGGAUCUUCAUCACUCAUCAGUGUUAAUAAUAAUAAAUGACGUUUAAUUCACUUGUUUGCUUGCGUCAUUUGAAAGUUAAUUAAAUAGUCACAUAAUUUGGUCAGAUAUGGUUCUGAUUAUUAAACGCACACGCAUAUGAAGAUACAGGCUUACAGAUCGAAAGCUUGGCAAAUAACAGGACAGACCCUGGGAACGAGGACCGAGGUUGGGCAAAUAAUUAAUUUACGUGGUGUUUCCACAAACCAAAAGUGAUGAUAGAAUUAUUUAAGUUACAUAUCAGUAAAAAACAUUUGUAGACUGUACUACUAUGUAAUCUAUUUAAUUUAUUGUUCUGUAUGACGUACAGUAAUUGGGAUUCACAUGUAGAUGCUGGUAUCUUGACAAAAACACUACAAUUACUAUUGGUGGGAAAAUAAAUGGUGAAACCUUUG